AUGGCUUCCGCAAGCGAGAAGAAGGCGGCCUCCGCGACGAAGGACUCGCCCAACACCAAGUCCUCCAAGAUGCACAGACGCUCGAGAUCAGAUGCUUUGAACAAUGCCGCCCAGUCUUACUCGGAGGACUCUCAAGACGAAUACGACCCCACCUAUGACCCGUCCUUUGCAACCACUCCCGGCCUCUUCGAUCCGUAUGGUCCCAACAUCUACAUGCCUCCCGAGUCAUAUGCGCAAGCCAUCCCAUGGGAGGUGGAUGUCAAGACGGAGCGUCACACCUAUGUUAAUGAUGAACUCACUCGGCGCGACUCGUCGAUAUCAACUUUUAGCACCUUCUACCCUCCACCUGCUCAUGCGACUUUGCCGUCAUACACCGGAGAUGACUGGGUACAGCAAGACAUCUUCGAAAGCCGACAGGACUCUUGGACCGAAGGCGACUUCGAUUUCAAUAACCUUGAUGUCCCCCACGUCGCGCAUCAAUUUGAACCUCAAUGCUCACUGGUCCAACUCGAGGAUUGCGAUCAGCCACUGUUCGAACACUUGCUACAAAGCGUCUUGCCACUGCUAUUUCCCGUCCUCGAGGCCUACCAACACGGCUCGGUCCGCUCAAACGUGAUAUUGCCUUCUCUAGAAAAUAACAAGGCCUAUCUCCAUUCCUGCCUCUUGGCUGCUGCUACUCACAUGAAGGGCAACGGACAAUUUUUGAACAACGCCGCAGACGACGAUGCGAUGCGCCAUAAGCUCGCCUUUGUGACGAUCGUGGUCGAUGCACUGAAUAGUGAUAGCCAACACACCGAAAUGCUCGAUGCUCUACUCGGGAUGAUUUCGAUGCAAUGCUGUGUCGGCUCAGCGUUGGAUCUUGAGAAGGAGUUGAUCCCCUGGCACCAGCACUUCCAAGCCGCGGCGGACAUUGUGCAGAAGCUCAACUUACCACAGAAUCUAGAGAGCAAUGCCCCGACAGGUGGUCAUCCACCGUUCAAUAUGAGUCUGACUGCGUGGAUCGACAUCCUCGGCGCCACCAUGCUCGGCAAGGCCCCGCGAUUCUCUCACACUUACAGAAACAUGUUCUUCGCCAGUGCAUCGACGGGACUCGAGAAAUUGAUGGGCUGUAACGACUACGUCAUGUAUCUUCUCUCAGAAGUUGCAUGCCUCGACUCGCUCAAGGUCGAGGGUAAACUAGACGACUUCGGGAUGUGCAGCCAUAUCACCUCGCUAGCCGGCACACUGGACUCAAUCGAGCCUCAAGAGCCUUUGCAGCUUCCGUUUAGCAGGACUGGCGUCCUCCGACCGAAACAGCUGACCAAGAACAUCACCGCCAUCUUCCGCAAGGCCGCUCGUGUCUACCUCUGCUCACUCGUGCCCGAGUACAACCGCUACCAGGCCGCAACCGUUAACCUGAUCUCGCAGAUGGCUGACCUCCUUCAAUUCAUCCCUUCCGGUCCCAACGGCUUCGACCGAUGCCUCGUCUGGCCCAUGCUUAUCUGCGGUGCGAAUUCGAUCCCGGCCUCUCCAUUCCGCCGAGUCCUCUCCGAGCGGUGCGACCUACUAGGCGAAGCCGCCGAUCAAGGUUCAUUUGGGAGAAUGGUGCGCCUGUUGCACGAGGUGUGGAGACGCAACGACGAUGUAGUUGUCUCCGCUGGAGUGUGUGAAGCCACCCCGGUGACGGCCGGAAGCCCUGGAGGAUCGAUCUCGACGCCAAUUACCGCAGCCGCCGCUCCCACCGGCACCGGAAGCCUAACCGGAACCACUUCUUCGACAACGACCGCGACAGUAGCAGUACCGAGGAACCAGAACGUCCACUGGCGGGACGUGAUGCAGCAAAACAAAUGGGAUUUUCUUCUGAUAUGA